UCUUUCCUUCUAUCUGGACAUCUUUGAGGAAAUGUGAGGACACAAGAGAGAGAAAAGAGAAUAAAGGGGAAGACAAAACGCAGACCAGAAGAGCGCAUAAGAAGGGGGGAAAGGUGGGGGAUCACUUUAUUGGAUGACAGUGAAGGAGAAGGAGUACCAGACGGAGUAGCACAGCCAAGGCCUCACCUGUCUGGUCCAUCAGUCCUGCAGGUGCGUCCCCAUAGCAACAGCUCUAACAUGGCUGCCCGGAACGGCUAUGGUUCACAGAACACCGUGGCCCACCUAGACCCUCUCAAGGGCACUGUCCUGAGGGACAGCAUGGGAGGAGAGAGGGGGAAAGACCUGUCCAGGGAUGACCUUGUGUUCCUCCUCAGUAUAAUGGAGGGAGAGCUGCAGGCAAGAGAUGAGUUGAUCACGGUCCUGAAAGCAGAGAAAAUGGAUCUGGCUCUGCUGGAGGCCCAGUAUGGCUUUGUCACCACAGGAGAGGUGCUUCGAGCCCUGCAGAGAGACUCACUCCAGGACCAGGCUUCUGAGGCCCAACAGCAGGAUGUCUAUGAGAAACCCAUGGCUGAGCUGGACCGGUUGGUGGAGACGGGGAACCAGAGCUACAGGCGGAUGCUGGAGCAGCUGCUGCAGGUGGAGCGUUCCCAUAGUGGCGCCCUCUGUAGGCUGGAGGAGCAGGACCAGCAGCACCGCGCCUUCAUGCAGCGCAGCGACGACCUCACCUGCUUACUGGAGCAGGACCGUGAGAGGCUGAAGGUGCUGCUCAUCCAGGAGAAAGCCUAUAGGGAAAGAAAGGAGGAAAAGAGCGAGAAAGAAGUCUCUGCUUUAAAGGAAGAGCUGACUAAACUCAAGUCUUUUGCAUUGUUGGUCAUUGAUGAGCAGCAACACCUUACAGAUCAGCUUUCACAGCAGAGCAAACGUGUCCAGGAACUGACGGACAUUGACGGCCACGCCCAACAGGAGCUAAACUCCAUCCAUUCCAGGGCAAAGGAGCAGGAGCUUAAAGUAAUUUGCUUGGAAGCAGAGUUACGCGAACAAGCUUCCCACUUCCACCUCAACCAGGAAGCCAUGAUGGCCAAACUGGCCACUGAGGAUGCCCAGAACAGACAGCUGCGUCAGCGGUUGGCCGCCCUCAGCCGACAGCUGGAUGAGCUGGAGGGGACAAGGAGCGCCCUCAAGAGGGCAGAGGAGGAGCUGCAGGAGCUAAGGGAUAGGCUAAGCCAUAGGGGAGAAGGGUGCACAACAACCUCUGGCUUGCUCUCAGAAGUGGAACAGCUGAGGAGGAGAGUGGUGGAGAUGGAAGGAAACGACGAGGAGCUGAUCCGCAUGGGAGACCAAUGCCGGGACCUAGACCGCAAACUGGGGAGGGAGUCCAGUCAGAGCCGAAGCCUGAAGGCCGAGGUGGACAAGCUGAAUGAUCGGAUCAGUGACCUGGACAGACUGGAGGAGGCUCUGGGAAAAAGCAGGCAGGAGUGCAGUGCACUGAAGGGAAGCCUGGAGAAGGAGAGGGCCAGCACCAAGCAGCUGUCUGGAGAGCUGAAUACCCUCAAGGUGCGGGUGAGGGAACUGGAAGUCAUUGAGUGCCAGCUGGAAAGAUCAGAGGGGGCGUUGAGACUGGACUUUGCCAAGUUGAGAACACUCACAGUGGUGUUGGUUGAAGAGAGGAAGAACAUGGCCGAGAGAGCCAAGCAAACAGAAGAGAAACUCCAGGAGAAGAAGGAUGGGAAACUGCAGGCUGAGCGUGACAGCGUGUCGACAGCCACAGAGAAACUAAUUGAGGAGAGCCGCAAGGCACUGAGGUCUAAAGCAGAGCUAGAGGAGAGGAUUCAGAGAGUGGCAAAAGACCGGGACGAGCUGCGGUUGAGGCUGAGGGCAGAGGAGGACAGGAGCGGGGUUCUGCAGAGCAAAGUUAGCACCAUGAAAAAGAUAAUUCAGGUCCUGGAGGUCAAAGGGGGGGAGUUCUGUCAAGAAGUCAAGAUCCCCCUGCUGGACAACACUAACCACUGCUACCAACAAGAUGAGAAUAAAGUCAAAGAACUCACCCAGGAGGUAGACAGACUGAGCAGGAGACUCAUGCAGAAGGGAGUGGUGGAGGGUGAGCUGAUGAAGGCCGAGGAGGACUUUGAUUCCCUGGAGAUGAGGUGGUUCAAGGAGCAGGAGAGAGCCAGGGCUCUGGCAGUGGAACUGGAGGAGUCCAGGAAGGAGGUCUCUAAGUACCAGCUGGCAGAGAAGAAGGAGAAAAACCAGGAGCACCUCCUCCUCAGUCGACUUCAGGAGGAGCAGGUCAGGUCUGUCCUCCUCAAAAGGGAGGUGGAGGCUCUCAAGGAGAAGGUCCAGUGGCUGAUGGGGACGGAGGAUUCCAUCUGUCGAGUGCAAAUGGACAGCUCUACCCUGCAGAAGAGGCUGACCCAGCAGGAGGUCAGGAACAGGGAGCUGGCCAGAGAGAUGGAGGGACUGACCCAUGAACUGGACAGGUACCGGCGAGUCAGCAAGAGCCUCCGGCCCGGCAUGACUGGUCGACGCUUCUUAGACCUCCACCUGUCCACCAAGGAGGUGCAGACGGAGCCCGCAGACACCCUGCCACCUGACUACAAGAGCCUGUCUCCGCUGGCGCUCAGCUGUAAACUGUAUGAGGAGAUUGAUGGAGAGGACCCAAAUCAAAACGAGGAUCUUGACCUUAAGUGCAACUCACCUCCGCUAACAAGCAUUGAAAGCUUGAACCACCAAAACAGUAAUGUGAGGCCAUUCAGCAAACGUUCACCUAACGACAAGGACAACCCCCAUACCAUUAACGGCAAAUUGUUACAGGGUAACUUUGUCCAGAAAGGAGAUGUGACGCUUGCACACACCCCGGGGCAGUCCUUACACAUCAAGGUAACGCCGGACCAUGGGCACAACACGGCCACACUGGAGAUCAGCAGCCCCACCGCCGACAAUACCACAUGCUAUACCAGCACCGCAGUUAUCCCCACCAGCGGAGCCCCACCAAAACAGAGAUUCACCAUCAUCCCAAACGCUGCCAUCUCCCCAGUGGCCAGAACAAAGAGCUCCCUGCCCCCAGAGGGAUUUGGCAGCCCUGAAAGAGCCCUCUCCCCUCUCACCAUGAUCCCCAUCACUGUAAACUCCCCAGACUCCUCCAGGUCAGCGUCACCUGACUACACCGGCUCUCCCAUCCAGAUGGUAACAGUCAGUACUGGAUCGCUUGAAUCCAGUGAGGUCAUAGGUCAAGCCAUGUUUCGUGUGAGCCCGGAGAGGCAGAACGGUUGGCAGCUCCAGAGGUCUAACAGCACUGGUCCCAGCGUCAUCACCACAGAGGACAACAAGAUCCACAUCCAUCUUGGGAGCCCCUAUAUCCAGUCGAUUAACGGUAUAACUCAGAGCCAGUCUGGGGGACCGUACCACACCCCCGGACAGGAACCAAGGACGCCAGUACUGACCAAUGGCUGCCACAUCAAAGGCGGCAGCAAGAUCACCAGUAGCAUCACCAUAACCCCUGCCAACACCCCUGUCGCACGACCCUCAUACAUUACAGUAAGUUGCCCUUAUGAUUGAAACGCCCACCUCCAUCCAGCCUCUAGUGACCUAGCUUCCCUUACCCAACCCUGAGUCCCUUUCACCAGAAAAGCAACAGAGCAUCAGCCCUAACCAGCCUGUCUGAACAGCCACAUCAUCAUCAUAAUAAUAAGUGUAUUGUUACAUAACUGUGUGCAUGAGAAAGCACUUAUCUAAUCCUGUCUGGACUCACACCUGCACUGAAUGUGAAAUGGUCACCUAAAUCUAUUCAAGCCUACUACUUACAAAUAUAGCCUCCCACAUUUCUGAUAUGUGCAUUUAAUCAUUCCCUAUACCUUGUUAUAUUUAACCAUUAAAAACAGUUUGGUUUCUUUU